AUGAACUUUUUUCAUGUUAUACCUUCCAGGGAAUUGCUUGAAGUUGGUCAUAGUAGCAAGGAUACUGGGAGACAACUUUUUGCAGGAACUGAUACAAGACCUGCCAUAGCAUUCCCCCCAGUUGUCACAGCUCAGUGGGAAGAACAGAUAAGACGCCUAUACCUCUUGUUGACAGUGAAGGAAUCUGCUACUGAUGUACCAACUAACCUCGAAGCAUGUAGAAGAAUCUCAUUUUUCACAAAUUCACUGUUCAUGGAUAUGCCACGUGCCCCCAAAGUCCGGAAAAUGCUUUCUUUCAGUGUCAUGACUCCAUACUACAGUGAGGAGACAGUUUACUCUAAAACUGACCUUGAGUUGGAAAAUGAAGAUGGUGUAUCAAUCUUAUAUUACUUGCAUAAAAUUUUCCUAGGUGUGUGA